AUGCAGUCGAAUAUUGUUACUUAUGCAGUUUUAUUCAUAUCAACUGGCAUACUCUGCUCUGGGGACAAAUCGAACUUUUUCGAAAACUCAACUUUGACCUCCGAUACCGAACUGAUACUUGCCGUAGCUAAUCAAACAGAUGGAGAAGAAAUUAUUUCUGACACAAAUGCUACUAUCCGUACUAUUCAUAUCAACACUACUCCCAUUUCCACUACAUCUACUCGUGCUCCUACACUAGCUGAACUGCCUUGGCCACGACCUGACUGUGCCGAUGGAAAUCUCACUAAUGAUCAGAGAGGCAUUUUCCUUGAUAUGCACAAUUAUUACAGAGCCAGUUUGGUUAGAGGUCAAGCAGUGGUCAAUCCUGGUUCGGGAUUAGCUCCAUCUGCAGCGCUCAUGUAUCGAAUGAAGUAUGACUGCACUGCAGAGUCAUAUGCGCAAAAGGCAGUGAGCAAUUGCAGUUCCAUCCCAAUGCCUGAGCGUGAUUUAGGAGGGCAUAAACAGAAUAUUCAUGUUUUAAGCACUGUUCAAACGACCGUAGAAGGAGCUAUCCAGAACGCCGUUCUCACAUGGUGGAGCGAAUUGGCAAGAUUUGGCUUCAGAUCCAACAUGGUGUUCUUUCCGAGUGAUAGAGUUGAAAAAGCAAACGUCACGAGCUGGUCUAAGAUGUCCUGGUGGGGCAACCAACGUCUGGGCUGCGCUGUCCAACAUUGUAACAAUUAUUAUCUGACUUCCUGCAUGUAUAGCCCCGGAGGUAAUAACGACUACUCUUACGUCUACCCUAUAGGUGCCGUUUGCUCCGAUUGUCCUGUUGGCAGCUGUGACAGCCAGUUACUAUGUCGCUGGGAAUCUGACCGAUGAUAUUAUGAUAUGUGUGGAUAAUAUGUGUGAAUUCUAACAAAUUUCUAUUUACUAUUUAUCAUUUGUACAAAAAAAGUGAAGAUGUAAUUUUUGCAGUCAUUUUCACAUAGAAAUGAUCUUCGCUUGAUAUCCGAUGUCUACUUUUCCGCGAGAAAAAGCUAAAAACCCCUCGUCAAGCACAAUUCCGGGACACAAAUUCUGUUUGAAACGUUUCAUUGAAGUGGCAGUAUCAACUUAUUUAUCCUAUAC